AUGAAUGCCGACUUUGAGAGAAUCGUUUCUGUAUUGCCAGAUUUUGAGAAUGAAGCAUUAUUUGUUGGCGGUUACAGUGGUACGUCGAUGCUGUUAUUGAGGGUUAUUCGUAAUCAAAUAACCUGUUCUGGUUUAUACAGCAGUUGUGACGAUCUGGCGGAAGGGGGCUGGCAAGAUCCUUUGUCCUGCAUCUGGUGCCCUGACGAACAGAGGCUAGCUGUCACGUCGUCAUACGACAAACUUGGUUGCCUCCAUCCGAUUACAAAAACGUGUCCACCCGUCAUUGACCAUGCAAACCGCAAUGAGAAUCAUGCUGAAUGGGAAAUAUUUGGCUCGAAUAUGGACAGAAUGCAAGACGUGGAGGUUUAUGUAUGUGACGAAAAGUGUACAGUCAACAGGCAGAUGUCAAGUAGUUCCAAAUUGUUGUGUUCACUCCCUGAUGGAUCAGACCAAGAUGCUGCUUGCAACGUUCGCGUUGUUGGACGUCUAGAGGGCUAUAGUGGGUUCGCCUUAGAAGUCAAGAAAACAACACACAGUGUUGCACUAAUGACAGAACGUUCUCAACGUUCAAGAACAUGGAAAGAAAUUAUUGCGAUUGUAGUUGUUGUCAUUAUCUUGGCUGUGCUGGGAGUGAUUAUAUGCUUGGCAAGAAAGAAGAUGAGGAAGAAAGGUAUUGCCACUGUGGAAAUCACGAAUAGCAAUGUUUACGACGAUGCGGCUAUGGAACGAUAUCUUAACAAACUUGAUCACAAUUUGGUGGACUUCGUUUCUCCAUAUGAGCAGAUGUUUAGAGACAUAGACGAGCGACUCAAAAUAGAUUUUUCGUCUCUUCAUAUUGAAGAAGAAAUAGGAAGAGGAGUUGGAGACUUUAUAACUGAAGGUGGGGUCAACAGGAAUGGUUCAGAUCCUCAUUUUUAUCUUGUCAGUUUAGGUUUAACCAUGGGACGUUUCAAUCAUCCCAAUCUGAUGCAGUUGGUGGGAAUUGCUUUUACUGAAGGAAAGAUUCCUAUCAUCACCCUUCGAAGUCUAUUGCGUUUUGCAUGCCAAAUUGCGGAAGGCAUGAAGCACUUGCACAUGUGUAGAUCCGUUCAUUGUGACCUAGCUGCAAGAAAUUGCAUGCUCGAUAAUAAUUUGAACAUCAAGAUCGGUGAUUUUGGAUUAUGCCGAAGAGUAAGUGAUGAAAGUGAGGCGUAUGAACCUUCAAAUAAGCAUCGAGAUGUGCCUUUUCCUUGGAUGGCGCCUGAAGCGAUAAUCAGCGAAACGUUCACGUUCCAAAACGAUGUUUGGGCUUAUGGUGUUGUACUUUGGGAACUAACUACUCGUGGGCUAACACCCUAUGGUGGUAAGAAAGGGAUCGAAAUAAUGGAGUUUCUGCGAGCGAACAGAAGACUGCAAAUGCCUGAAUACUGCCCAGUACAGUUGUACGUGUUCCUCAUACUUACACUCUGCGGUCUUGUCGUCUAA